GCAACCAUCGAUAGACCUGCAGCUAUUGAUGACACAGCUUUGACCGAGCAGCAGCGAAAAUAUACACAGUGAAAAGUGAGAAUUCGAGUGCGUUUUCGUUGGUCAUAGCUGAAGCAAGCAAUUAAUCAUCUUUAGCUAAGAACAUGUCCGGCUCCGGUCUUGAUGAAAAUCCCUUUGGCGAGCCCAAUCUGGACAAUCCGUUUGCGGAUCCCGCCAUACAGCAGGCAAGACGUCAGGCUGGCGCUGCCUUGGUUUCAUUGGAGGACUACAAUCCCUUUGAGGAGCAGGCCAAGCCACAGCUUCAAAUUAACUCCACCAACACGGCGGCCGUCGUUCAGCCGCUCUCACAGAACGUUCCACCCCCACAGACCAGUUCGCUGGGCGCCUCGGCGCCAAGCACUAGCAUACAAAUCACCUCUGAGGAACUGCAGCGACGGCAGGAAGAACUGGACCGCAAGGCUGCCGAGUUGGAUCGCCGCGAACAGCAGCUCCAAGGAAAUGUCCCACAGCUGAACAACUGGCCCCCGUUGCCGGAUAAUUUCUGUGUGAAGUCGUGCUUCUACCAGGACUUUGAAGUUGAGAUACCCCCAGAGUUUCAGAGACUGGUGAAGCAUUUGUACUACAUUUGGAUGUUCUAUACCAUGACGCUGGUGGCCAAUGUGAUUGGGGGUCUCAUCUUGUUGUUCCAUUCGGGCGAUUUUGUCACUCUGUUCCUGGCCCUGUUCUACACAGUUCUAUUCACACCCGCCUCGUAUGUCUGCUGGUUUCGGCCCGCGUACAAGGCCUUCCGCAACGAUUCGAGCUUCAAUUUCAUGGUCUUCUUCUUCAUUUACUUCUUCCAAACAAUAUAUUCGGUGGUGCAGGCCGUUGGCUUUGAUAAGAUGGGCUAUUGCGGCUUUAUAACGGCCAUCUCUCAGUUUGAUGGCAAGGCGGCGGGUAUAAUUGUGGGAAUAUUGCUGCUAAAUGUUGCAUUCUGCUUCACGGCCGUGGCCGUGGCCAAUAUACUGAUGAUCACCAAGAUACACACGAUCUAUCGCAGCACUGGGGCCAGCAUGGCCAAGGCCCAGGCGGAGUUUACCACGGAGUUUCUGCGCAAUCAGCAUGUCCAGGAGGCGGCCUCAUCAGCGGUCAAUACGGCGAUCAGUUCGCAGUUCAACAACAGCAGAUACUAGGCUGAACAAACAGAGAGACAAUCAAUGAAAGAAUCAAUCAAUCAACCACAUUGUAUUUUGGCACAUGGAGUCGCAAGCUCCAGCACCCAUCCACAGAGAUAGUUGGCUUCGAAAAUCGGCACAGAAAGAAACGAGAUGGAGGCGCAACAGAGCGUGAAACAGAGAGAGAGAGAGAGAAAGAAUUCAGAGGAAGCAUUAUUAACAAGAAAACUAAAGCAAGCAUUGGAGGAGAGGAGCAUUGAACUAAUAACUAAUUGCUUUUGUGCAUAAAUAAUUCCUAGAAUGCCGUCGUCUUUAUUGCAAAUAAUUACUGUAACAAUAUGAUAGAACACCAAAACACCAUUAACUAACAAAUACUUUAUAGAAAUGAAACAAAAAGCAAACAAGCAACUGGGAACUAAGUAGGAGCCGAGAAAAAACUUUUGCCUCACUAGUGGCAAGGCAAGUAGAUGAGAGACAAAACCCGAUUCAAAUUAACAACAUAACAUAUAAAUUAAAAACAAUUACAAUAUCUGAGUACAUAUAUAU